GUAGGACAUUGAAAACACUAAAAAUAUAUCUGCAAUCGUUUUGUGUGUUUGAAAAAUGUACCAGUAUCAUUAAUGUAAAAAUAAGUUAGUAUUAAGAGAUACAAGAUCAAACAAUUAACAAUCUUUUUUUUCCAAUCCAUUUAGUCAACAGUUUUUGUUAAAAUAACUAAUCAUUUCAUGAUAUCAGGGGCAUUUGGAUGUUUUUUGGUGUAUUAACUUCCAUUUCGGUGUAAUAAGGUAUAUUAACAUGCUUUUCAGUGUUAUUUCAGUUUUAUCACAACUCAUAUACUUGUCCCUAAACAUAUAAGUCAGGUAUAAACCAAAGGUGUUUACUAAAAAGGAAAUAGUAGCCAGUGAGAUUACUUUGGCAGGAAAACCCUGACACACACAGUUUUGUUAAGCAUUGUGGUUGCACUGUUAUACAUUAACUCUUCGUUUGAAAUCUGUUCUAUUUCAUGCCCUAAACGCAUUGACGUAACAUGUAACAGUAACGCACAGUUUUUAUGCUGUCGAGAUGUGAGUUAGGAAUCCGAGAAUUCGCCUUAGCCUCGGUGAUGAGACACUUCUGCACUUUUUCGUUUGCUAACGAAACUGUGGAGCAAGUUUACUUUCUGAGAGGCAGUUUAUAGUUUAAUUAUUUCUAUCUGUAAUUGUAAUGAAGUUAUAACCGUUUAAAAAAAAAAUAAAAUUACUUUAAGGUGAAAUUAUCAGAACCAGUUAUUUGUCUGAUGCGGAAGUUGUAAUAGAGUACGGGAAGUUAAUGGCAGCUUGUUUAAGGAUUUAGUUUUUUUGAAAAUUAUUUUUUUCAAAAUACUGACAGUGAAGCCGUGUGGACGCUUUCUUUAACACGAGUGACUGUCCAGUGGUUACGUAUUCUGGUCACUGAUUGCUUUACAAAUAGACCAUUUAUCCGCCCGUCAGUGUCGAGACGCCUCAGAACCGACGGACCAGCCUGCUGUGACGCGGACUCUCGUACAGAGUGGAAGCAAUCGAGUGUUUCCUUUGGAAGUUAGGAGUCUUCUCAUCGGAAACGUGUCAAGUUGGUGAUCUGACUACACGGUGGUUACGGUGAUCCGGCGUAGCAACGGAUCCCUUGCAGGGCAGAGUGCUGAUACGUCACCGGGGUGCUGGAGGCGGGACCACUCGUCGGGGCAGAGUCUCGGUCUGACAUGAGCUGCCUUCCGAGAUCGUGACUUAUCUCGCCGAUCGUCAUGGUUGCGGAUCCUCCGAACUGGGCCGUGGAUGGCGCGGCCGAGCCGGCGGACCGAGCCUUCAUCUACGACGAGGUGUUCAAGUACCUGGGGGAGUUUGGCCGCUACCAGAAGCGACUGUACUUCAUGCUGUGCCUGCCGGCCGUCGUGUCGGCGCUGCACAAGCUCGGCAGCGUCUUCCUGCAGGCCAAGGCCGCGCACAGGUGUCGCCUGCCCUGGGAGGACGAGCACGCCGGCUACGCGCUGCCCGACCACGUGGCGAACAUGAGCUACCCCUGGGACCCCCAGGAGGGCGGCUGGUCGUCCUGCCUGCUGCUGGACGCCAACCUCACCGGCGGGAGCAGGGCCUGCAGCGCCUGGGUGUUCGACCAGACCCUCUACGGCAGCAGCACCGUCAUGGAGUUCGAUCUGGUGUGUUCUCGCUCGUGGAUACCUGCCACAACAGAUGCCGUAUUCAUGUCUGGAGAUCUGAUUGGAUCAACACUUUUUGGAUAUUUCUCUGACAAGUUCGGCAGACGUCCAAUAUUUUUCUUCACCUUGACCAUGCAAACAAUCUGCGGGAUUGCGGCAGCGGCAAUGCCCAACGCUGUCGGCUUCAUGAUCACUCGCUUCCUCAUCGGACUGACGGCAUCAGCGUUGUACGUGGCGGCCUACGUCCUAGCCAUGGAGUUGGUGGGUCCCUCGAAGCGAAUGUUUGCUGCCAUGAUAUACGCCUACUUCUUCACCGCCGGAUACGUUCUCUGUGCCUUCUUCUCGUACUUCCUCAACAACUGGCGGUACCUGCAGCUCGCGCUCACUGCCCCCGGGUUAAUCCUCUUCUCCUAUUGGUGGUGUCUCCCGGAGUCGACGCGCUGGCUGCUCAGCAACAGGCGCAAGGUCGCGGCCAAGCGCAUCCUGCUGAAGGUGGCGGACGUGAACCGGGUGCAGAUCCCCGACAAGGUGCUGGAGAACAUGCGGGUGUCCGUGGACGCCCUCAGUGAGGGGCAGAGCCCCCACUCCGUGCUGGACCUGGUCCGGGUUCGCAGCGUCCGCGCCCGUACUCUGGUCAUCUGUUUCAACUGGUUCGUGAUAAGCUGCACGUACUUCGGGCUGUCCUGGAGCUCUGCGAGCCUGGGCGGCAACGACUACGUCAACUUCCUGAUGUCGGGGCUGGUGGAGCUGCCCGCGCCGGUCUUCCUCAUCUUCACGCUGGACCGCUGCGGCCGCAAGCCCAUCUUCACCGGCUGCAUGCUCGUGGCCGCGGCCGUGCUGCUGCUCAGCAACGCCAUCCCCGCCGACCUCAACUGGCUGAGGAUCGCCCUCAUAAUGGUGGGCAAGAUGGCCAUCACGGCGGCCUUCAACGUGGCCUACAUCCUGGCCGCGGAGCUGUUCCCCACCGUGCUGCGCAACGUCGGCAUCGGCACCUGCUCCACCUGCGCCCGGGUCGGCGGCAUCGCCGCGCCCUACGUCAUCUACUCGGCGAACGUGUGGCAGCCGUUUCCUGAGGUGAUAUUCGGCCUGAUCACGAUGGCCGGUGGCUUGUUGGGCCUCAUGCUGCCCGAGACCCUGAACCGAAAACUGCCCGACACCGUGGAAGAGUGCGAGAAUUACGAGAAGAAAACCGACCUCCGCCUGCAGCCGGCCAUUGACAGAGACGGCACGAGGGAAACUCAGCUCAGCUGACACCCGGCCAGCUGACGGCCAUUGCAUUACCAACGCCUGCCGAACCCCAGUAGUGAGUUGGGAGUGUGAAACACUAAAAAUGUGCCAUGAAAUAACAUUGUAAGAUAUUUUUGUACUGUGCAGUUUUCUCGCAAAUGUGCUCAGCUCAGUAUUAUAGUCAACUCUCUAUUCUACAACCCCUGGAAAUACUGCAAUGAUAACUCUCUUGAAUUAACUGCUAUUUUUUUUAAACAUGACAAAAAAAAUUUUGUCAUUAAUUCAAACAUAAUAGGCUUCAAAGUAAUUUACCUCACACAUACUAUUUUUGGCUUUGAUUCUCUUCGCGAGCGCUGUGUUGAAAGUAUGUGUUGACUACUUAGGAUAGACUGCCGGUAAGGGAGUGGCUUUUUACUGCUUGCAAGACACCCCCACUACUCCACAUCAGAUAUUUGUUCAGCUUGAUGAAAGUCAACCUGCACGCUGGUUAACCCCCUUCCUUGCUAGCCAAUCACGGUGCUGCAGCCAUCUCCCACCCUACAUUUUGCAACCCACCCUGUUUUUUUUUCCUAACUCCUUCCUGAAGUGUGAUAAGGUGUGUUUUUUUAAGAGCAUGAGAAAGAUCUCUAAACCCCACACCAACACACACGCUCAUGCAGUAUACAUAAUACAAAUGUUUUAAUUAUUUUAAUGCAGAGAACAAGACAAAACUGUGAAUGUGUGACCUAAAUGUUUUGAGUUAUUGACAGAUUUAAAACUUUUAUGGACAUAUGCCAUCGCUGGUUUGACUGUAUGCCCUAGAGAAACCUUAAGAAUGGAUAUAAAGGUGCACCUUCUACACCAUAAGAUGUAUGACGUAUGUUAUUAUUUCUCCAAAAAUUUCUUGGUUUCCCCCAUAAAAUUUUUUUUUAUAUUGUAUUUCAGUAUUUUUUUUAGGAGAUUACAGUUUACUUAUUUAAUUAACGGGAAUAAGUUGUCCGAUAUGUAAAUUCUCUUUCAGACACGUUUACAAUUAUCUGUUCAUUUGCCUCUGUGUAGCACUGGUCAGCAGCAUGUUUGGUUAGACUGAUGUCUGUAUAGUGAGAGCACGCACUCUUUGUGGUUAGCGUGUAUUACAAUGAUGGUUAUCAGUACGCUACAUUAAUUUCGUCUCACAUUUUGGUCACAGUUAUUGUUAUUUUAAGUUGAUACAAAAAUACUAUUUUUUGUUUAAUAAUAUUUAUAUACUAGUUAUAUGGGCUGAACUAAAAUUUUAAUUAAACACAAAAUUAUUUUGUUUGAUGUGUAAAUUUUCCUUCCAAAACCUUUUAUAAACUUCAAUUAUUUGUUGUACGUGUUUAAUUUUAAUUCAACUUUAUAAUACAAGUAAGCAUUAAUUUGUUAAAUAAUAAAUUCGAUUUUUUUUUGUUGAUUAUGUGAUAUAUUUUGGACAUGGCUUGAGUAUUGAUGGUAUAUUAGUAUACCAGUAAUGUUAAGUGAAUGUAUUUGUUGAAGAGGGAAUAACAACAGAAAAUGAGGUACAUAUGUUUUAGAUGAGUUUUAUAUCAAUUUACACUUUUUUAUGUUCCCCUGAAAAGGAUGAAUUAAGGGUUUUUGUGGUAAAUUCUCACUUUUUACUGCAAGAAGUCACUUAAAGUUGUGCGAUCUUGUUAAAUGUACAGGAAGUGCAACGUUUAGGUGAUGAUUUUCAUGUACUUUCAGGGUAGCAUAUUUCUCACAAGUUAUCUGCGUGAUGAAAUAAAUCAGUAUUUCAGUACAGUGUGUCAUUUUUGUACGAGAGAAUGUUGAAUAGGAAUGUCAUCAUGUUGACAUAUAUUUUGUAAUUGGGAGAGGGGGGGGGGGGGGGGGGGGGGCAUGGCCCAUUUUUCUUGGUACUAAAAAGUGUCAUGGAAUAGAGAGUUGGCGAAUGAAUUUAUUUUUGAUGAAUGAUCCAUCAGAAAUCUGUAUUGAACCUUAGUUUGAAAUUUCUCCAGCAGCAAUUAUGCAGUCACUUGAGACAUUCCUUCCAGGAAUUUGUUUUGAACUUUAUUUUUUACACUACCACUGGAAAAAAAUUUUUAAAAAAGUUGUUUGUGUGCGUGUGUUUACAAGUAAAUAUCUCAUAACUUCUUUUUAUUUAUUUUUGAAUUUUUUAUGUAAUACUUUUUUUAACUUUCAAUUUAUGGUGUGUUGUACUUUUUUUUAAUGAAUUUGUAAGAGCAUACAAAUGAUUUUACACUUAUCUUGCAACCAUUGUUAACAAAAUAUAUGUUACUCUAAAUGUUGUGUGUACAACAUAUGAUAUUAUAUGUAAGAUAUUAAAACUAAUAAUGUACAAA